GAGAGUUAUUGUCAGUAGGACCGUAAACAUUGGUGAUUGCUUCCGAAGGGAGCAAAUUAUAUGACGGACCGCAAUGGCGCGUGUGUCAUCUGAACGGUUGUUUCACAAAUAAGUAUUUAUUUUUCAAGCCUUAUUUUAAAAUUUUUUAAUACGAUUAGUGUGGUGGCCCUUAGUAUUUGCAGCCCUCAUGUAAGAUAAAGACUGUCUGUCUUGAACACGUUAUAUCACAGUGGCCUUUGCAAGGGAUUCCUUUUGAAUGUCACAGUCUACAAUGAGUAGUCCAGUUGAUGUCUGAGCUUAUUACUAAAGGACAAUUGAUCAAAUGGCUGCAUUAAGAACAACAUUCAAAACUCUGUUUGGAAUUCACAGUAUUAUUUACAGACAGCCUCUGUCAAUUCCCUCCACAUUCACCUGCUCAGGUAUACUGAGCACCAGAAGCGUCUAUGAACGAGAUUACCGCAGACCAGGUCAGCCUCCAGACACCCGCUGGCCAUGGCAGAAGAUACGCUUUGAUUUCUCAAAAGGUAUGGACGGUAUCAGGAAGCAUUUUGGCCUAUUGAAGGAUGAUUUUGUUCAGCGCUGGACUGGGCCGGAGGGAAAACCUUUAAUAAAUCACAUGUUGGAGCAGACCCUGGUCCAAUGGGAAUUCCGUGGAGCAGAAAGUCUAAAUCAGUGGAUUGUGUCAUCUGAUCAGGAGAUUGGGGGUCACAGUGAGGCAUACAUUAAAAUGGGAAGGAACAAUGUCACCUGUUUCCUAUAUGGGACCUUGUGCUCCACACCUCCCCGUGAUGGAGAGACCCGAUAUAGUGGAUAUUGCACCCUGCGCUCCAAACAACCACUGGGCUCAUUUGACCGUAAAAAGCACUACGAUUGGUCAAAUUUCAACACGUUACACAUGCGUAUCCGGGGAGAUGGAAGACCAUGGAUGAUUAACGUUUCUGCAGAGACCUACUUUUCUCAUCAGAGAGAUGACAUCUACAGUUACUUCCUCUACACCCGAGGUGGACCCUACUGGCAGGAUGUCAAGAUCCCAUUCUCUAAGUUUUUCCUUUCUAGUCGGGGAAGGAUACAAGAUGAUCAGCAUGCCCUCUGGCUAGACAAGAUAAACGGUAUUGGUUUUACAUUGGGGGACAAAGCAGAUGGCCCAUUUCAAUUGGAGAUUGACUUCAUCGCACUGUGUAAUGACAAUGCCCAUACAGAGGAGUUUGCAUACGAACUUUAUAAGAGAAACCCAGAGGUCUGACUGAACAAAAGAAUACGCAGGAAUUAAAUAUGGUGGAAAUAAUCUACUGCUUUAUUAAUAUGAACUUUGUAAACAUUUGGACUCAUUUUAAACUAAGGCCUACUCACACAUACAUAUAUACACAAAAAAACAAAGACGUACAAAAUA